AUGUAUAGACUAACCGAAAAUGAGUUCGAUUUAGCAUUUAAGGCUGAGUAUAAUUUCUUGAAAACAGAGCCUGAAGUUUAGGAAAAUUUAGAGUUAUACGCAUUUGUCUAGCUCAGUUAAAAUAUAUACACAUGGACAACAUAAAAUGGAAGAAGUACUUAAUUGAGACAAAGGAAUAGACUAGAAACUGAAAUUUGCUAGUAUGGCAGACUAGGGCUGCAUGAGGAUACAAUUGAUUAUUUGAAUAUUGCCAAGACAUAUCAAUGCCCCAAAAAAUUAGACUUCUAGCUAUAAGGUAGUUAUUCUGCAAGAGUAUCUAAGCAGGUUUAAAUUGGAAUAUAUCCUUGCAAUUAAACUUACCUUGAUAUUACAACUAAUGGAACGAAAAUCUGUAAGUCUAAAGAAGAACAAUACAGAGUUGGUGCAAACUUGAAACUAUAUGUAGUAGUUUAGAACUCAUUCUUUGACCAAGAUAAUUUUAGUGACAACUCAAUAAAAACUUCACUUAAGCCAUAUUUUCUUACUCCAAGCAACAAUCAAAGCCACUCUUAUUUGUUCUUACUCAGCAAGAAUUAGGUACAAUUAAGAGAUUCUAUGUUUUACGGGGAAAUACAAUAAAAGGAAUAUAUUGAGACAAGAUUGGAUUACUUUAAUGUACAAGAAUUAACUGCAGAUGGUCAAACUUCUAUAAUGCUUUGUAAAACACUGGUGGGUUUAUGA